AUGGUGAGGCAAGAAAGACGCCGGAAAUGGAAAGUCUUUCUUCUGACUAUGAUUCAGUUGAAGAGCACAUUGCUGAUGAAGAACUAGCUGAACAGGCGGCCACAGAACAACAGUCAACCACUCCUACUGACAUCGCCUUGGUCCAGUCAACCCGUAGAUCCCCGGAUGAAACAAAUGGUUGUGAUCAUUCUUCAAAAGAAUCCAGCCUUGAUUCUACUGCAUUCUUAACUAACACUGAGCAAUCACAUUUUAUUUAUUGUAAUUACUUGGCAACUGGGACAAUGAUAGAUGACGGACCUAUUGAUUUCAGUUUUCGAAAUCAGAACCAACAUUCCUCAUUAACUUCUAUUUUGUCAUCUGGAUCUUCAAUUAAUGGAAUACCAUCUGAAUCACAAAAUGAACCCCUUGAUCUCUCCGUCCCCCACAGAAGGAAAAAUGUAGAAAAUUGUCCAAGGGAAUUAAAGUUCAUGCGGGUAGAAACCACUUCCCCCAAAUCGUCUUCAACUCGGAAAAUUUCACCGCCAGGUGUUGUAACCUGGAAUGGAAAAAUAUCAUCUUUAGAGAGUUCAAAGACACCUGAGGACUCUUCGACUGCAUCAUACAGUCCUAUACCUAAACCUUUUGUAAAUUUUCAGCACACAUCAGCUGCUCAAAGUCAGCUGCUUAAUCCUACUGUGGUUUCUUCCAACAUGGCCAGUGCUCUCCAAAAGAUCAAUGCAUUGUGCCAUACAGUCACAAAACCACAAGGAUAUCGGACAGGAAGCCGGCAAAAUCCAUGGCAAAACCACUGGAUUAAUAAGAGUGAGGAACAAGCUAAAGACGUCUUUACUUGUGUUUGGUGUAAAGAAUCCUUUAAAAGUCUAGCUGAAAUGACUAUUCAUAUGCAGAAAAGCCCAAAAUGUGGAAUGGCAGGGAUGCGAUCAUCCUUGCCAUCAACUUCUUCAAGCAUUAGUGUCUCCUCAGACGAAAUACCUUCAGUUUCAAAAUGCUCAACGUCCAAUAUUGGAAGCAACCUUUUAAUCAAAGAGAGUAUGGUCGUUCCCCGAAGAUUAGUUAGAGGGCAAGAUGUUUGGCUAGGUAAAGGUGCCGAACAAACUCGUCAGAUUCUGAAAUGCAUGUGGUGUGGACAGUCGUUCAAGACUCUGGCAGACAUGACCAAUCAUAUGAGAGUCACGCAACACUAUAAUAAUAUCAUUAGUCAAGAACAGAUCGUAUCUUGGAAAGUCCCAGCUGAUAAAAUGACUUCACAGUCUCAUCUAAAUGCUGUCUUAACUUGCAAGGUGUGCAGCCAGGUCUUCGGUAGUCUGAAAGAGCUCAGUUGUCACAUGAUGAAGAAUGCUCAUUAUAAGGAACAUAUUAUACGUUCCAUCUCGGAAAAUGGAGGAAGGUGCAAACAAACUAGAGAAAGAAGAAAGAAGUCCUUGCCCGUUAAAAAGCUUCUUGAGUUAGAAAGAUUGGAAACGAAUAAACUGAUUGCAUUGAAAGAAGGAAAUGAACCAUCUGUAUCCAAGAACGAAAAUGUUAGUGGUAAAAUUACAUGUGAAGAAUGCGCUGAGAAGGUAGAUGCCAAAGACUUUGUAACACAUAUAAAAAACUGCACUCAAAACUCUAAAUCGCAACACCUUCUGAAAAAUUCCCUUCUUUCAGAGACCUCUGGAGAUCAAUUAAGAAAAGAGUCAAAGCUAAAAGCUUCUGUAAAUACUGUGAAUGAUGAAAUAGCAAAUAACUCAGAAAGAUCUCGCGUGACAAAAUCUCCACUAUCUAAAAACUCCGAAAAUGAUGUUUCCAAAAAGCAAGUACGGGGAAAUGUGUUAUGUGAAAGAAUAAAUGAAGGAAGUGAAUCUACUUCUGUGCUAAACGCAAUUGAAAAACUGAUAGAGAAGAGCUUUGAAAAUAGAAGCAAAAUUAGCGGUAAUGGUUCAACAGGCAUUUUACAAAGGUUAGGAAUCGAUGAGGAAAUAAAUUCACCUUGGCACUCCCCUGGAAAGGGGGGAAACGAUUCAAAGUCUGGAAUUUCAUCUUCUCCAUCUGGAGUGUUAGGGAAAAAAUCAAUAGACAUAAAAAAUGGUUCACCCAGACUACCAGACGUUUCUGAUAACAAUGUGCUCAACAACAAGAUCCAGAAAGAUAGUUCUUCAGAUAAUAAACACAAAGAGCAUUCAUCUACACAAUCGGUUAGAUCAGAGACUAGUGUUGGUUCUAAUUUCAUAAACACUUCCUCACCUGGACAAUCGCUUUCGCUUCUACCAGAUUCAUUUCACAAAGUUGAUGAAAAGGAUUCUCAUGAUUACUGUUCCCCGAGAGGACAAGGUAAAGAAAGUCCACUAGGGUCUGUACGGUCGAAAAGUCCAGUAAGUGAUCACGCUGAAGAUUCUCUGGACGUAUCUUCUGAAAUCGACCAAGCGAAUGGUGAAUCUAGUGAAAUUGGUGAAGAAAUGUGUGACGUAAACCAUUCUUUAAGCCAGACAAAUGUCUUCAAACGUCUUCAAGAAGCCGCUUCACCUUGUGAUACUUUUCAAGAUAAAGGCAAAUCAAGUCCCUCGUCAUUAAGUAAUUCUUCGAAAUUGUCUUCAACCGACCUGAAUCACGAAUUAGACAAAAAUCACCUACAAAUCUCCGAAAAUGUUGAUAUACCGUUUACAGGCCACCCUCUUCGAGAACUUCAAAAACUAUUGGACAAAACGGAUGUUAGUGCGUCGUGUUCUGGUGUUCAAACUCAGCCAGGGUCAAUUCUGGCGUUUAGCUGGGCAUGUAACGACGCCACUAAGUCAGAUUCCUUAAUGAAGUGUGCCUUUUGUGACACUCAUUUUCUUACCAAAGGUGCUUACAGGCACCAUCUGAGUAAGAUACAUUUUGUAAAAGACCCAAACAUCCCCGAAGCUUCCUUUUGUGAAGCUUCUUCUCCCUCUGGUGGAAAAAUAUUGAACGAACCUUAUUUAGUGACAAAAGAAUCUCCGCCACCUUCAGGAAUACCAGCAGAAGAGAGUCCUCAUUCUAAGUUUUUAAAAUACACUAAACUAGCGAAAGAGCUAUCCAACAAAUACGUGUGACGUAAAUGAAAACUUGUCAGCUCUCUUGUAUAUAUAUAAAAAAAAAAAACAUUCAAAUAUAUUUAAAUUAUAUAAAUACGAGAUGUAAAUGUUUUUAGGUUGUAUGUUUUUCUAGUUCCUUACGAUUGCUUAUACAACUGUGUUUUAUUUUUUCCUCUCUCGGACUUGUAUUUGUGAUACUGUUAUAAGCUUUUCUUUAUUUUGUACAGAAAAAAAACCAUAAACUUUUUAAGUUAUGUUGUCGAUUUUUUUUUUCACAUCAGAGACACCACUAAAUUUGCUUGAAGACUUCUAUGCUCUGGCUUGACAGCGAAGUGAAACAUUAUUGAAAAUAACAACCAAAAACGAAUACGUGAAUAACAUUGUGUUGUUAAAAUUAAUAAACUCUAAUUAAUGCUAUAAAAUAUUUCGAAUAAAUUUUCAGAUAAUAUUUUUUUUGCUUCUGUAUUUAUGAGUGGCGUAUUAAGAACAAUACAGAGUAUUCUUUCAAUGUUUUUGUGCUUGUUCUAUAGAAACUAACCCGAAUUCACAGAAAAUUGGCUCUUUGGACGACGGAGCUUGUUCGUGUAAAAUAUGCCAGGGACCUCUCUAACGCCCUCUCAUAAUUUUCAAUCUAACAGGCUCAAUAUUUCUAAAUUAAUAUAAUUUCUUUACAAUUUAGCCAAAUACUGUGCCUUGUCACUUGCUUACAGUUUUUAAUAAAAAUGUAUUUGAAAUAACGAAGUCAUCAGUUUAAAUAAAGGUAGUUGUGACUGUAUUAUUUUCCAGUUUUCUUUGACCUACACUGUAAACCCUGAAACCC